ACAAGGGCUUCUGGGAGCCCUGUGGCAAAUCCUAGGGCCCCGCGCGAGGGGACGAGGCGCGAGCCCCGCGCCCGCCGGCAUGGAGACGCAGCUGGGCGCCUACAACGGCAGCCCCGCGGGCCUCGACCUGCCCGCGCGCUGGCCAACGGCUCGGGCGUGCUCUGGGAGCAGCAGCAGUAUGCCAUCGGGCUCUUCCUCUCCUGCCUCUACACGGUCUUCCUCUUCCCCAUCGGCUUCGUGGGGAACAUCCUGAUCCUGGUGGUCAACAUCCGCUUCCGGGAGCGGAUGACCGUCCCCGACCUGUAUUUCAUCAACCUGGCGGCGGCCGACCUCAUCCUGGUGGCGGACUCGCUCAUCGAAGUGUUCAACCUGGACGAGCAGUACUACGACCUCACCGUGCUCUGCACCUUCAUGUCGCUCUUCCUGCAGAUCAACAUGUACAGCAGCGUCUUCUUCCUCACCUGGAUGAGCUUCGACCGCUACCUGGCCCUGGCCAAGGCCAUGCGCUGCAGCCUGUUCCGCACCAAGCCCCGCGCACGGCUGAGCUGCGGCCUCAUCUGGAUGGCCUCCGUGUCUGCCACGCUGGUGCCCUUCACCGCCGUGCAGCUGCAGCACACAGAGGAGGCCUGCUUCUGCUUUGCGGACGUCAGGGAGGUCCAGUGGCUGGAGGUCACGCUGGGCUUUGUCGUCCCCUUCGCCGUCAUCGGGCUGUGCUACUCACUCAUCGCGCGGGUGCUGGUCUCGGCGCAGGGGCACCGGGACCUGCGUCCUCGCAGGCAGAAGGCCCUCCGCAUGAUCUUCGCCGUGGUCCUGGUCUUCUUCAUCUGCUGGCUGCCUGAGAACGUCUUCAUCAGCGUCCACCUGCUGCAGCGCCCGCAGCCGGGGGCCGCCCCCUGCCAGCAGUCCUUCCGCCACGCCUACCCGCUGACUGGCCACAUCGUCAACCUGGCGGCCUUCUCCAACAGCUGCCUGAACCCCCUCAUCUAUGGCUUUCUCGGGGAGACCUUCAGGGACAAACUGAGGCUGUACGUCGAGCAGAAAACCAGCGUGUCGGCGCUGAGCCGCGUCUGUCACGCUGCCCUGAAGGCGGUUGUCCCGGACAGCACCGAGCAGUCAGAGGUCAAGUUCAGCAGCACCGUCUAGAGCGGGCAGGGCUGCAGGAUGGCCAGGCGGACACUGCCCCCAAGCGCGCUCCCAGGACCCCAGCCCAGCUGCCCCGACUUUGCUCGGCUCCCAGAAGAGCCCCACCUGCCCUGGUCACACUGCGGGGUCACCAGCCUGCACGCCGCACACGCCCAUCCCGUGGAAGAGAUUUCUGCCGCCUGCCGGGCAACAAGAAGAGAGGAGGGGGCACCAAGGUGAAAUGUCAUAGUUUCAAGGUAGAUUUCCCAUAAAUCUGCCAUUUCAGGGAAAAAGCAGCCUGGAGACGAGACACGCUCCACUGCUCUGAGCUGGAUCCGGCCACACGCAGACCUGAUCCGAGGAGGAGGACACCUUCGUUGACGAUGUCUCUGCCCCACUUACAAGUGGGGGCCCCGCCGAACAUGGACAAAGCACACGGGCGGGGGGCGGGGGGGCGAGGAGUCGCCUCUACAGACACAGCAGGACAGCGGUGACCAAUGGGAAAUGCCCCGUCACAGCGUAAAAAGGAGGGAACAGUGAGGACUCUGGGAACAUUCAGCCUCUAUCAAUAAAAUGGAGUCGUGUG